GAGGCAAGCCCGGGCUGCUCUACUCUCCCUCCCUCCCCACCCACGCUUAAAAGGAGGAUCUAGUUGGGACCUCGCCUGGAAGUCGCAAGGCGCUUGGCCAGUCUCCCAGCCUCCUGGCUGCAUAAGGCGGCGGCGGCAGCAGCCGGUUUCCUGUUUUCCCUCCCCAUGUGUGCAGGUCGGCGGGAUGGGGGGGGGGAGAUCCAUGCACCUUGUAGUUGCAUCUUAGGACUUGCAGUGCCUGCUCUUAACCCAAGUUCCAGCCCUCCUUUGUUUUCGGCAGGACUGCCAGCACGCACUGAUGAGAUGUGGGAAGCAGAUCAGGGUUUCGCCUUCCCAGACUGGGCCUACAAGCCCGAGUCGAGUCCCGGCUCACGGCAAAUCCAGCUGUGGCAUUUUAUUCUGGAGCUGUUGCGUAAAGAGGAGUACCAUGAUGUCAUCGCCUGGCAGGGGGACUAUGGGGAAUUUGUCAUCAAGGAUCCGGACGAAGUGGCCCGGCUCUGGGGGGUGCGGAAAUGUAAGCCCCAAAUGAACUACGACAAGCUCAGCCGGGCUCUCAGGUACUACUACAACAAGCGGAUCUUGCACAAGACCAAGGGCAAGCGUUUCACCUACAAGUUCAACUUCAACAAGUUGGUGCUGGUCAACUAUCCCUUCAUUGACAUGGGCAUGGGAGGUGGAGCUGUGCCCCAGAGUGCCCCGCCAGUGCCCUCAGGCGGCUCCCACUUCCGGUUCCCGCCCUCCACGCCAUCCGACGUGCUGUCCCCUGCCGAUGAUCUGCGCUCGCCUGGCAUAUUCUCCGCGGUGGCUCGCCGCUUGGCCCGUGGCUCAGUCAGCGACUGUAGUGAUGGGACGUCAGCUAACUCUGAAGUGGAGGAGUCCUUGGCCGAGGAGCAGAGGCGUGGUGGAGGAGAGGGAGGUAGUUUCCGUGGGCCCCCCGUGCCCGGCCACCCCCGCCUGACCCACGACAGCCUCUUCAGGGUUUAUCCUCGCCCUCGGGUUCCCGAGCCCCUCAGUCCAUUCCCAGUGUCCCCCAUGGCUGGACCCGCCGCCCUUCUGCCUCCUCAGUUGUCCCCAGCCCUCCCCCUCACUCCAACACACAUGAACUACACUCCUUCACCCACCCUCAGCCCCAUGUAUCCAGGUGGCUCCCACUUCUCCUUCAAUCCCGAGGACAUGAAGCGCUAUCUUCAGGCCCACACCCAGAGUGUAUAUAACUACCACCUUAGUCCCAGAGCUUUCCUACACUACCCCAACAUUGUCAUCCCCCAGCCCCAACGCCUCGACAAGCCCCCUCUUCCACCACCGCCCCCACAGGCGGAGGAGCCGCCAAGCUCUUUCAAGUUUAAGCUGCAGCCGCCGCCACUGGGGCGCCGCAACCGCGAAAAGCAUCAGCUCCCGACGGUGGCCCCCGGAGAACCCGGCAGCGGCCUCCCCUCUUCUUCCUCCGCCUCGGCGGCCGAUCCGCCUCCACUCCCUCAAAUCAAAGUGGAACCCAUCUCAGAGGGGGAGUCAGAAGAGGAUCUCACGGUGGAAGUCACAGAUAUCAGCGAGGAAGAAGACGAUGAUGAGGAUGUCUUCAAGGCCCCUCCUGCACCCCCAGAGAAGGUUGGGGGAGAAGAGGAGAUGCAGCCGGCAGCUCCCCCUGUUGCCCGGGCUGGGGAAAGUGGGAAGUGUAUCCCGCUCAAGCUACGAUUCAAGCGCCGCUGGAGUGAGGAUCAGCGGCUGGAAGCUGGUGCAGGGGGCGAGGAGACAGACGACAAGAAAGUGAAGGGGGAAGAUGACGCCAGCAGUCACGGAGACGGAGUAGGAGGGCGGCGGAUCAGCACGGAGCUGCAGCGGGCCACCGCUGAACUUACCCUUGAGAACCGGGACUCCUAGAGUUGUGAUGCUUGGCCCCCUCUCUUCCCAGGACAGACAGACUUACGGGUGGGGGACUGGUUUUGCUGCCUUAACUCAGAGAUUAUCUUUUUACCGUUGUCGAUUCCCUUUUCUUCCUUGAAACUCUGUAAAUUUUAUUUUAUUUUGCCUCCCUCGAAAGCCUGAAAAAUUUGGGGGCAGGGGUAAUCUUGAACAGUUUUUACUUGUCUAUAUACAUAUAAAGUUAUAUAUAUAAAAAAUAUAAAAAACCUCUUUGCGGGGAUGGGGGGGAUUUCUAAAAUAUUAAUAUGCUGGGGCAACUUUACUUUUAGUGGUUCUCUUUCCUGUUGAGCCCCCCCUAAAAUUCUUUUAAGGUAUAGAGCCCCAGGGCAUUUUUUUAAAGGAAAAAAAAUGAGUAUUUUAAAUAAAUAUAUAUAUAUAUAUUGCUUUUUUGCCUUCAUAGGGCCUUGUGCGGGUUGUCCUAUUUUGUGGGGGGAGCUUAUUAUGAAAGCCACCUUCCAAAAAAAUUUCCUUUCUCUCCCCAGCCCCACUAUUGGCAUACGAAGCACAAUAUGCUUUUUAAUCCCCAAUGGAUUGAAAAGAGAUUUUAGCCAUAUAUAAUCUCAUUCACAUCUCACUCACCUGUCCAAAUAGCACCUAUCAAAAGGGAGUGGAGGUCACCAAUUCCCCUUUUGAUACCUCUGCUGGCGUAGAAUCUGCUUUUGACCUUUUAAAAAUAGAGCCAGCUUGCCACAUUUGAUCUCUGCCACCUCUUCCCCCACCAAAAAUAAAAAGGAGAAGGGUGUUAUUACCCCUUUAGGCAGCCUCUCUCUCGGGAUGGAUAGUAACUUGGCAUGUUUGUAGAACUUCGUAAUCGAGAGCUGUGGCAGAGGAAAAGUGAUCCCCCCCACCCCAAAGAGACCCCUUCAUUAUUCAUUGCUUUAUGUAACCAAAAAAAAAAGUGGGUUUAGGCAUGGUGUCGUCUCCCUCUGGCCUUUCCCACGCUCGGGUUGGGGAGGGAGGUGGGUGGGGUUGGGACGUAAAGGGGUUUUAAGUGCCUGUUUGAAGUACUUUUUCCAAGAGAACAUGCGCAGGGGAUGGGCACUCCUGAUCUCGGAGCUUUCCACUCCUGGUGUCUUACAAAACCCCUUCCCCUUCACCCCCAAAGAAAUAAAGGCACCAUUUCACCUUCUUGUUUAACUCAGUUUCCCCUUCGUUGGGAGGGGAGGGCUUUCCUUCGGAAUAGGGGAGAGCAGUGGCGGUUUUGCAGGGUGAUGGUGUCUUGGAAAAAUAAAGCAGGGAUUUCCCCCGACACACCCUUUGUACU